GAUGUCUGAACUACAUUUAAUCAUUUUGAAUGGCGGACAUCCAAUGAGUCCUUUCAGAUGUUUUUUUAUGAGGAUGUUUUAACACUUAACUUGAAUCUGAGACCAUCUCUGUCUGACAACAGUCCUCGACCUGGACUUUUAAGCUUGGUGUGAUGUCUGAUCUUCUGUGGGAACUGCAAUGUCUUCUCUGCGUUAAAACACAGAUCAUGGCUUUCGUUAUCAGUUUAAUACUUUUUUCAAGUUGGAUGGCUGUAGCUGUUACGUUUCCUUAUAACACCUUUGUGAAAAAAUCAAGAUUUGACUUUGAGUCAUCUGGCAGUGGACCAGAUGAGCCUGUCCACGGAAUAGUCAAGAUUGUUCAGCUGGACUCUCGCAGUUUGACCCAGUCAGCGCUCUUCAGAAGAGGUCUCUCCCCUGGAAGAGCCCUUUCUCACAGCUCUAGGUUGCCCUUCCCUGCCUUCCUAUCUCGCGGUCGUCCGACCCACAAAGCGGCGGGAAGUCCACUCCACACCCUGCGCUCAAGAAGCCCCGCUGAGACGGAGAUGAAAAAGAAGCAAAGGCUGCAGAUGUGGCAGAAAGCCAUAGAUAAGGGAGUCAAAACGUCUCUGCCAAUCAGCUUGAAGGAUACCAAACAAGCGUGCACUGCAGUGCCUUUCAUACAGCAUGUGACGGCAGAUGGAUGCCAAACAGUAACAGUGCACAACAAGCUGUGUUUCGGCCAGUGCAGCUCCCUCUUUGUCCCGUCUGAGGGGGAGUUCGCCGAGCAGAGUCCCGGGACUGGGGCCUUCCACCGCAGGGCCCCCUGCUCCCGCUGCGCCCCAUUUAGAGCUCAAACUGUCACUGUGUCUCUGCGGUGUGGAGUCGAGGUGCGGGAGAAGAGAGUGAUGGUGGUGGAGGAGUGCAAGUGUGAGACCAGGCGGGAGGAGCAGAGUGCUGAGGCAGCAGCCUCCAAAAAUCUCUAACUGUUAUGCAGCAGUGAGAAAAAAGACUGCAGAGUCUGUGUUAGAGAGAGAAUACAUAGGCACAGUUUGGCCUUUUUUUUCUAUAUACUACAUAAUGUCUCUGUGUCUAUGUGUCUAAAUCUGACUGAUUUUAUUCCAGGUGAAAACUUCUGGUGGCUCAUUACACCAC